AUGCGCAGCCUUACGCAUUUCCACCGUCAAACAACCAGGAACAGUAAGAUGGCAAUUCACAAGCCAGCUCAACCACUGCCGAAUGACUUCUUCGGAGUCAAGAACGGCUAUAAGACAUCGACCCGUGGGAAUGAGCAGACCAAAGAGUAUUCACCAAGACGAUCCCAAAGGCUAGCCAAGCAGCACAGAACGCGAACACAGCUCAUGCAUACCAUGGAGUCGAGCAGCAGCAGCAGUGCGAAUUCUCUUCUGCCUGCGAGACCCAAGAUCAUUACGCUCAAGUUCAAGCAAACGAAAGCAGCCAUCAGACCGCAAACGACUCAGCCACCGCCAGCGCAGAAGCCGAAUCCAGAACCACCAGACCACACACAGCCCUCGUUUCUUGAGAAGCUGACCGAUCAAGAGUUAAAUCGUGCACUUUCUUACUACUACGAUUUUCCCCAGAAUCUUCCCUGUCGUGAGAGUGGGGCCUCUAUGAGGGCUGAUGGUCCAAUACCGGACAUUAUGAUCAAGUUUGAUGAAGGCGUCUUCUCGCGAAUAACGUGCCUUCGGCCGUUGUCUGAAGAUGAUCUGGAAAGUGUGGAUCCUUUUACCGUUUGA